AUGUAUGUUGCCACUACUAAAUUCUCAAUUAAGGUGAAUGGGGAUAGCUUUGGAUAUUUUGAGGGGAAAAGAGGCUUGAGGCAAGGGGAUCCUAUUUCCCCUUUGCUAUUUGUGUUGGUCAUGGAAUACCUCUCAAGGGUCUUGGAAAAAAUGGCUAAAUUGCCAGAUUUUAGAUACCACCCUAUGUGCAAACAGCAGGGGUUGACACACUUAGUAUUUGCAGAUGACUUGAUGAUUUUUUGCAAGGGUCAAACAACAUUUGUCAGAAGAAUUAUGGAAGCAUUGAUGCAUUUCUCUGAAGUAACAGUUGGCUCAUUCCCUAUAAGGUACUUGGGCUUACCAUUAUCACCAAAGAAAUGGAAUAAAUUGGAGUGCAAUCAAUUAUGUCAAAAGAUCACAGAAAAGAUUCGAGCUGUAUCCACCAGGCAUCUAUCCUAUGCAGGAAAAUUGCAUAUCAUAAACUCUAUCCUGUUUUCACUUCAAAAUUUCUGGGGAUCACUGUUCAUAUUGCCACAAAGUGUCCUAAAAGAGGUGGAUAAGAAGUGUAGGGAGUUCCUUUGGGGGAGUACAACCGAGAAAAAGAAAAUCUCUCUGGUUGCUUGGGAAAAGUUGUGUAGACCUAAGCACCAAGGGGGUUUAAACAUUAAGGGGUGUAAAAUCUGGAAUAUGGCAGCUGUUGGGAAACUAAUUUGGCACAUAAUGGAGAAAAAGGAUAUACUUUGGGUUAAAUGGGUGCAAGGUGUGUAUAUGAACAAUACUGAUGACUUCAUGAAUCAUGUUCCUGGUUCUGACUGCAGCUGGAAGUAUUCAGUAACUAAGGGGUAUAUUCAGUUGAUAAGAGAAGCACCAAGACGGGACAUUGCUGAACUGGUGUGGAAUAGAGUUGCAGUACCAAAACACCAAUUCAUUCUAUGGCUUGCAGUGUUAGAUCGACUGCUUACUAGAAUAAGGCUGCAGGAAAUUGGUCUGGGAUGUGAGGAGAAUCAGUGUGCUAUGUGUACUGAUGGGUUAAUGGAGAUAGCAAAUCAUUUAUUCUCAGACUAUGUAUGGACAAGAGGAGUAUGGGAUUCAAUCCAUGGGUGGAUAGGUGUUAUAGUCCAACAUAGAGGAAUUCAGGAAGAUAUGCAGAUCAUCAAGUCUAAGCACUGGAAUCGACUCAGGAAAGAUAUAUUAGCAGCUGUCUAUGGUGCUGUGAUCUACUACACUUGGAUGGCAAGGAAUAACUCGAUUUUUCAAGGGAAGAAUGUGAGUAGCAAUUUUGUAGUUCAACAGAUACAAAGUGUGAUUAAGGAAAGGCUGAAUAUAUUUAGAGAUACAAAGAGAGGUAGGAAAUGUAGUUCUUUUAUACAAGAUCUUUAUAACUAG